UGUGUUCUUUUGCAGAGGAAAAGGUGGGGAGGCUGUUUAGGAGUGUUGUCUUGUUUCAAGUCACAGAAAGGCGGAAAACGAAUCGUGCCUGCAUCUCGGAUGACCGAAGGCGGCAAUGCCUCAGCCGCACAACCAAACGGAGCUCAUCAAGGCGGUGUCUUAACUAACCAAGCUGCAGGAGGGAUCAAUCUCUCUCUUUUAGCUCCACCGUCUUCUCCUGCUUCCUUCACCAACUCGGCUCUUCCUUCAACAGCUCAGUCACCGAACUGCUACUUAUCACUCGCUGCAAACUCACCGGGAGGUCCUUCGUCGAGUAUGUACGCCACUGGACCAUACGCUCACGAAACCCAAUUGGUCUCACCGCCUGUUUUCUCUACCUUCACCACCGAGCCAUCCACUGCUCCUUUCACUCCUCCUCCAGAGCUUGCACAUCUCACCACUCCUUCUUCACCUGAUGUGCCUUAUGCUCGCUUCUUGACUUCCUCCAUGGAUCUCAAGAACCCUAGUAACGAUCUUCACUCCACGUAUUCUCUUUACCCUGGAAGUCCAGCCAGCACUCUUAGGUCACCGAUCUCUGGAGACGGACUAUUGUCACCUCAGAACGGGUAUGACACCAACGGAGCCUCGACGCCAUUGCAGGAGUCGAACUUCUUCUGCCCCGCGACUUUUGCCAAGUUUUACCUGGAUCACGACCCUUCGGUGCCACAGAACGGUGGAAGGUUAAGCGUGUCCAAGGAUUCGGACGUGUAUCCUGCAAAUGGUUAUGGAAACGGGAGCCAGAACAGGCAGACGAGAAGUCCCAAGCAAGACAUGGAGGAGUUGGAAGCUUACAGGGCUUCCUUUGGGUUUAGUGCAGAUGAGGUCAUCACAACUAGUCAGUAUGUAGAGAUCACUGAUGUGAUGGACGAUUCUUUACGCACGGCGGCGGCUUACUCGCCAAGCGAUGGACAAAAGCUGCUAAGAAGAGAAGCGAGUUUGCUGAGCCAAACGAGCCCCAAAUCAGAAGCUGAUAUUGAUUCACAAGCUGUAGACUUUCAUUCACCAAAGGCAUCAUCAAAUGGCUACAAAGAUCACAGACCAAGAAACAGGAUCCAUGCGGAUGAAGAGGCUCUGUUAUCAAGAGUGGGAUCUGUAAAAGGAAGCAGAAGCUAUCCCGCUGGUUUCUCAAGCUCUGAUGCAGAGAUCGAAUACCGAAGAGGAAGAAGCUUAAGAGAAGGCAGAGAGAACAGACACAGGAAAGCCUGA